GCUAUCACGUGACUUAAGGCGUCAAAAUGGCAGCCUCUUUCAAAUAAAUUUUGUUCAACAACAGUUACUCUCAAAACAAUUAUUAGUCUAUUAUACACGAUGCUACUCAUAUACAUUAGAAUGAAUAAUUUCAGACGGCAUAUGCUUUUUAUACCAUAUCAGUUCUUAGUAUUUUUCCCUUGUUUAAUAAACACGAAGAAUGGAUUCUAGUAGAUUUAAUUAACGUUAUUUAUUAUUAUAAUAAUUUAAAUAAUAAUAUUUAUUUAUAAUAAUUUUAUUAUUAUUAAAAAUAUUUCCAAAAAAUCCAGUCAAUUAUCGUCAGACUACUGUGGAAGCUGAGGGUUAUCUAUAAAUGGCCAUUUAAGUGUCACAAAGAAGACACUGUCAUACUGAUUGUGGAGUCCGGUGCAUGUCUCAGUAAUUAUCAUGUCAGAGUCUGAAUCCCAUUCGGAGGAAAGUGCAGAGAUUGUAUUUUCUAACUCAGAAGAUUCCGAUUCAGAAGAUACUCACCAUGAAACAGUAAACUUUAAGAAAAAAGGGAGACCACCAGUUAGUCCUGUUCAAAGUGAAAAAGAGGCGUCCUCAGAUGAAUCUCAGAAAGAAUGUAGCAGAAGUGGGAAGAGAGCAUUUCAACCAAAGGUUAAAAUAAAAACACUGACAAUAGACGGUCAGUUGGUCUAUUUCUGUAAAAUAUGUGAUAAAAUUUUCACCAGAAGAAAGGACAAACUAAAUCAUGAGCUGGCACACAGUGGAGAGUCCGUACUUACUUGCAACGAGUGCGGUAAAGAGUAUUUGCAUGAGUCGAGCCUAGCCUCGCAUAUGAGAACGCAUGACGGCGAUCCUCUUUUCAUGUGCGACCUGUGCCCGAAAAUGUUUGCCCAAAGCCACCAUUUAAAAAGUCACAUUCUCUCUCACUCAGAGCCGACCAGUUUUGUUUGCAAGACCUGCUAUAUGGAGUUUGCUACUGUCUCUGACUUGAACCAUCAUUGUAGGAUUCAGAUCAAGAUGGAGAUGCUGAAGCAUUUGUGCAAACUGUGCAAGGUCUACAUGUGUAGGAGUCACAGCCUCCCUUGCGAGAAAAGACUGCAUGCUUUUAUUUGCACGGCAUGCAAUGAAUUUUUCUACACAAACAAAAAAUUAAAGAUUCAUAUGAAAAAGUUUGCUCAUUUCUCUACUGAGCGACCCAAAUGUAUUGCGCCGUUACAAGAAUAUGAGUUAUAUCCCUUGAAGGUGUCAGAGAACCUUAGAAAAUUUACAACUCAGAAGGAAAUUGAGGCAAUGAAGAAAAUGGAAAAAAAUGAAUUGUGCAAACAGAAUCUGGUGGAAAUUUCUGAAGAUGAGAUGCCAUCCAAAAAAUUUAAGUUGUCUGCUAGAAAAAUAUUUUUAGAAGAAGAACACUCCAGCACAUCUAUGCAAGACUCGGUGUCAGAAGUUAAACUUGAACUUGAUUUGAAGUCACCCAAUAAACACAGGAAGGGUAAGCCAUAUUGCAAGAAAUGCAACAGAUCCUUCAAGGACACGAUGGAGCUAGAGCGUCACAAGGCUCAAGUUCACAAUGAAAAUGGCUCGGCACAAGCUGCACCGUUGUCCUGCAACACCGUGGACAAGCUGCACAAUUGCCCAGUGUGUGGGGAAAAUUUCUCUUGCUCUCUGCUGCUGACAAAACAUUUAAAGAGUCACUCUGAUGGCCUAAUACACAAGUGUACUCAGUGUGGGAAAGGUUUCAAGCAUAAGAUUCAGUUGUUACAACAUCUACGGCUCCACUUGUCACAAGAAAUGAAUAUGAAGGAAACAAAAUUGGCUUCCUGUCUUGAAACUUCAGCCGUAAAAGGAGGGGAAGGCACUUUUAAGUGUCACCUCUGCAACAGAAAUUUCCCUUUUCAUUUCCAGCUGUUGAACCACCUUCAAAUACAUAAUAAAUGUUCUAUCUGUCAUAAGACCUUUGCCACCAAACACUAUCUUCAGCGGCAUCUCCAGGUGCACAUCAGGCAGGGCUUGGACGUGGACAUAAGCAUGGUGGAAGGAGAGCCGAUGACUGAUCUCUCCAACCUUGACCUGGACAAGGCUUUUCCAGGAUGUGAAUAUUCUCAGAAUUCAACAGUUUCAUCUUGCGAUCCAGGAUUUGCUAUGAAUGAGAAAAGAAGCUUUGAUGCGGAGAGCCUUAUGAAUCCUGCUUUCAAAUUGGUUAGCUCUCAACAUAUAAAGAAUGAACCACAUCAAGAGUCCGACUCUGACUCAGAAAACAGUAGCUGCUCUUACAUGACUAGAGAUUCUGAGAGGAGCGACCCAUUUAGGUUCUCUUCAGAUGAGUCAAACUCAUUUAAGACCAUGAUGGCCAAAGAAAGGAGAAGAUUGAAGCGAAAAUGGCUUCGGCUGUCAAAACAAAUUCAGCCUCUGAAGAAACUGAAAGAGGAAGAAGAUAAGUGUCAUCCUGAAUUGUACGAUGAGAAUGGAGAAGAUGUCAUGGACAUGAAGGUCGAGUUGAACAGUGUCCAAUCGGAAGUUGACAACGUCAUGACAGUUUAUGUUGAUCUGACUCACAUGAAGAAGCUGCUGGUCAAAAUGAAUGAGAAUCUGCUCUGUGUUCCGCAGGAACAUGUCUUACCACAAACUGUCAUUAAAAGGGAACUUCCUGAUGAAGUAGAACUCCGUGAGCCUGACAUCCACAUCUCUAAACCAGAAGAGGUUUCUAUCCAUGCACAAGCAACUAUGUCAAAUGUCAAAGUUGACAUGAUAAAGAGUCCAACCUGGUGUUUGGUAAAUGAAGAGCAAAGAAACGAAACCAAAGUCUCAGAUCGGCAAGUUUUGAUUUCUCACAAACAGCACAUGCAAUAUUUGAGUCCACCUUCCUCCAACCCUACAGAACCCAGUGGUUCAAACCUAGAAAAGUUAAAAGUGGCUUUUGAAGGUUCGUCGAAAUAUUUGCCCAGCCCUGGAAUCCCAUCAUCAUCUUCAACCUUUGCAUACCAUUCACAAGAUCUAACUGGCACAAUUACCCAAGUAAAACUGAGUGCUUUUUCACCAUCUAAAAGUGAUACUAAAUGCAAUGUUUCUUCAAAUAUCAAUUCAAAUGAUAACACUAUAUCUUGUUUGGAUUCAUAUCAUCUAGAUAUUGAUAGACCCUUAGUUAUUGAUAUUCCAUCAGAUGAGACUAGCCCUAGAAUUAAACCUCCUGCCAGUGUUGUCACACCUAGUAGCCACUCAGAUUCUUAUGGAUUAACAGCGUUAGACCAAAGAUUUGAUUCACAACAACGCACUGAGGAGCAAAGAGCUUUUAUGAAUUCGUCUGUUCCAGGGACUAAAACUACAAGCUCAAACCUACAUAAUGCAAAUACAUUCAAAGAUAAAUCUUCAGUAAGCAGUCAAAACACAUACCGAAACUCGGGUAAUGCUGUAAGUUCAUUUGUGCCUCUUAAGUCUGAGUCCACGAAAGUGACAGGACAGCUUCACACACACGCUAGCUUAUCUGUGAGACAAGUUGAAAGUAAGCCGAAAGCUUUUUCUAUACAGAAUACUCAGAGUUCUUCUAGUAGUAUACGCAACAGCCUGGGCAACAGUAUUUAUACUUCAGCGCACAAAACUCAGAGCACCUACACCACAGCCAACAACAUUCAAAGCACCUUUACUAAAUCUCUCACCCAAGGUACUUAUAUUACAACUCACAGCAGCCAGAGUCAGGGCAACUAUGCUACAGCCCAGAACCAAGUUACUUGUGCUUCAACACAGAGCAGUCAGUGCCAGAGUACAGAUACAGCACCCUACAACAGACAGGGUCAGGGGACUUUCUCUCUCAAUGUGUCUUCCAUAUUUGAUACCAAUAACCCAAUCCUACGAGAUAUGAACAUGAUGGAUUUGGUCAGUCCCAAUCAAAACAGUUCUUCAGCUGCUGGGCAUUCUUCCAACUUGAUAGGCUCGGCCUCCAACGUUCAUAACUCUGCAUUCAGCGUGAUACAGCAAAACUCAAUCCAUCCUUUGGAUUAUCAGAACAUUGCUUUAUACCCUCAAAAUGUUUCGGUGGCUGCUACAGGGCCUAGUGUAGGAAUGAACCUGGGCAUGAUGGGAAACCAGUUUUCUGAUGUAUAUCACCAAAAUGUAGGCAUUGCUAACAUAGCAAGUAGCCAGUCGAAUAGUUUAGUAACUGGAAAUAAUUUUGCUCUUCCAUUACGAGACUCUCUUCCAAGAGAAAGUCUUCUUGGGAGUAACCUGAGCAUAGUGCCUUCUCUCCACAUUAAUGGGCCGCUGUCCUUGAGCUCUGUACCUCACAUGUCCUACGACCCUAAUUUAUUAGGUGUAGGGUCAAUGGGAUCAUUAGAUCCCACUGGGUUUUUGAGUUUAGGCGGCCCCCUUGUAAGCCUCCCUAAUGGUCUGCCCAUGAAUAUUUCAUCCAACCCUGUCUUUGUAAACAGCUUUGGUGGCCCCAGCAUUGGGUGCAGCCCGUUCCCUGGUGUGCAAGACCUGAUGGCCAACUCGUCAUCCUCUCUGGGUAUUAAUUUACUCAAUUCUUCUGUCCUCGUUCCCAAUGUGAAUGGGUUUUUGCCAGGCCAUUCUUUCCCCAUGCUAAAUAAUUUCAACCCGGGGUAUUUUACCCAAUUUCCUUAACGUUAGACUGCCUAUCAUAGUAAAGACUCUCCAAAAUAAUCAUUAAGUUUAGCAAUCUUUGGUUUAUAUACCCUUUCAAAAUAUUUCUAGUAUUCAAGCUGUUACUUUGUACAGUCUUGGAUUAAAACUGUCUGCCUUUAGGAUAGUUAUUGUUUAGUCUGUUACUGACUGUGCUGUGUACCACAAGAACAAACCUAUGCCCUGUGUGUGCUUAUCAUGAACCAAUGCCACAUGUGUUUGACUUAAACCUAUGCCAUGUGUGUGCUUAUCAUGAACCAAUGCCACAUUUUAAACCUAUGCCCUGUGUGUGCUUAUCAUGAACCAAUGCCACAUGUGUUUGACUUAAACCUAUGCCAUGUGUGUGCUUAUCAUGAACCAAUGCCACAUUUUAAACCUAUGCCAUGUGUGUGCUUAUCAUGAACCAAUGCCACAUGUGUUUUUUGUCUUGAGUGUUAUUUUUUUUCUUCAUAAAACCUUUUGUAAAAAUCAGAAAUAUAUAUAUAUUUUUAUAAUUUUUUGUAAACAUUUACUAAAACACCACUUUACUAAUUGGCAUUUAAGUCACAAAUAAAAUGUAUUUGACAAAUAUGCAAGAAGACUAACAAUUUGAGUUCAAGAAGCAAACUGUUCAGUUUUGGGAAGUGCAACAAGAAUGCAUGUAUCAUCCUUCAUUUCCAUUUGUAAUCUUAUUAGCUUUAAAUUUUGUUUUUCUUUUCCUCUUUGAUAAUUCUUUUCAGUAGGCUUUAUUAACCAGAAAAUCUUAAUCAACCAGCGGUGGGCAAUGGUUAUUCCUGCCCUGGGGCUGCGUAGCCACUGGAAAUACUGCAUCCCUCCUUAAUCUUAGGACUCAGACAUAUAUAUAUGGUCUAUUCUAUUAACCCGAGAGGAAAGCAGCACAUGAUAUCAAAGUAAACUCUUGGUUGCCAAGAGUUUCAUUAAAAGUCACAUUCUGUACAAAUAUUAUUUUUUUUUUUACAUCAAAUAUAGUUCACUGAUAGUUGUAGUAUGUUUUAAAUAAAAAGUUAGAAACCUAAACCUAGACUCUCGGUCAUGACCCUUCUCCCAUCUUAUUUUUUUUCUCAUAACCACAAUAACAAGUGGGGGGGCGCGGUGGUGGCAUGGUUAAGCGCUUGGCUUUCGAACCUGAGGUCCUGGGUUCGAAUCUCAGUGAAGACUGGGAUUUUGAAUUUCGGGAUUUAUAGGGCGCCCCUGAGUCCACCCAACUCUAAUGGGUACCUGACUUUAGUUGGGGAAAGUAAAGGCGAUUGGUCGGUGUCCUGGCCACAUAACACCCUGCUCGUUAACCAUUGGCCAAAGAAACAGAUGACCUUAAAAUCAUCCGCCCCAUAGAUCGCAAGGUCUGAAGGGGACACUUUACUUUACAAUCACAAGAUGCGAGUGUUUUCAUUUGUUGAAUACAGCUUGAACUGAAGCACAACAUGAAUCUAAAAUGGCAUUCUACCAUGGCACUUAAAGUUAUAUAUUUUUUUUGUCUGUUGACUUUAUUACUUAUUUAUUUUUUGUUUAUUGUCUAAUUUUUAAACCAAUUCUUGUUUUUUUGUAUUGUAGAGAUGCUCAUUUUGUUUACUUGGAUUGUCAAACUGAAUUGCCACAAUUCAUAUCAGUUUUCAACUUUUAUUGUAAUGAGAAAUCCACCAAAUAAUGAUAUUCAUUCACGACUUUUUUUUUUUUUGCUUUCUGAGCUACAAUGAGCAGCAACAAAGUUCUCCUACUCUGAAAGCAUCUUUCUAAAGCUUUCUAUAAAGUUUAAUUCAUUGUCUGUUUCCUUUUCUUUAUUUAUCUUAGGCUGCACACAUUUUCUUGAACACUUCAUCUUCUAAGAAGUUUUUAACUAAAUGAUCUGUUCACCAUAGAGUUCCCCCCCCCCCCUUUUCUUUUUGUAUUGAUGAAGUUGAAGUUUUUUGUGUUUUGGGGGAGGUCUCAACCCUUGUAGGCGUAUUAUAUUUUAGUUUAUAAAAGUUGAAAUAACUUCUUGUGAACAAAAUGAAAUAUAACUUUUUAUUACAAUAUAUAAACAAAUUCAACUUGAGAGGAUAUGAAAUACACUUAUAUUUUAAACAAACGUAGCUCACAAUUUAAACACUCUAGCAUCCUGGACUUGUCUCUCCUUUUACAUUUGGCAAAUUUCUGUUUCAUUAUUCUCACUGCAUAGCCUCCAACCAAUCGCUAACUUCUUCUCACCGUCACCUUGGAGACAUACACACACUCCAUAACAGGCGUUAUUUAUUUUUUUCCCCCUAUUUUUUGGUGUAUGCAAAUGUCAGAAUUAACGUAGAAUUGUUUUCAUAAAAAGUUUAACAAUGCUUAAAACUAUGACUGUUUAACCUUUUUUUUAAAAUUUGUUCUCUUGAAAUUUGAACAUUAAAUAAAUGUUGAUAGGAUUUGAUCGCCCUAUAGAUAGCAAGUAAUGGAAUAGAUUUUAAUAAUUCCUCAUCUGUCUGCUUGUAAAAAAAAAAUAAUUUGUAAAAUGUUUUACAUGUUUCGGAUGUUCCUUCAGAGUUGAAGAUAGUUGACUUCUAGUCCAAACCUCCUGCAGGACGAUGGGGGGAGUGGGCAGGGUUUAAACCAGGGGCCAUCAAUAAAUCCAAAGGACAGUCCAUCACGCAAACUGCUAGACCAUUACUAGACACAGGUCCCCAAAUGGCCAGAGACCUCAGAUUUCAGUAAUUCCCCAUCUGUCAGCAUUACUAGACCCAUGGUCUGCAAGUAGCAAGAGACAUUCACAUUUUUUACCUUAAUAUGGAAUUGAAUAUGGUGCUUGCAACACUAGCUAGCUCUAAUUUUUCAAACCAAUCAACUCCAGUACUAAUAAUAAUUAAUGUUGUUUUGAAGUUUUCAUUUCAGUUUAUUUUUUCUUAGACAACUGUACAAGUCCUAUGUUUACAUUUGUUUCUCCUCAAUGUUUUCUGUACAUAGUUUCUACAAUAAUUUUCUUUACAUAUGUACCACUGUAUAUAUAUUUACAAAGUAUUACAUUGUUGACUGCUAUGUCAACAAGGGUUCGGGUCCUGUUUAUUCACCACAAUAUGUAAUGUAGUUCUCUGACAUGCUUCUGUAAUUUUUGUCCAACCGCCUGCAAAACUUGACUAGUCCAUGUUGACUUUUAUGUUACAAGGGUGUUACUAACAUACAAUGUACAAAUGAAUAAUUAUUUUUUUUAAUGUCAUUUUCUGGAUUAGAUAAAUUUUUUUAGAUUGUUUUGGAAUUAUGAUUAUGUAUCUGGCCUAGAUCCGUUUUUUUUUUUUUUUGUGAGCUUGUUUCAAA